GUCAGAAAUUGGAAUAAAUUUUGGAGGCAAAGCUGGCACAAUUCCUGAAGGAUUAAACACAAGGGGUAUGAGGAAAUGAGAAGCUGGUGUCUGUGAGGGCUAAGGGCUUUGUUUGAGCAGCUGGGUGGAUGGCGGUGCCAUUUACUGAGCUGAUGUGUGCAUCUGUGUAAAACCAGCAUUUCUGUUUUGGGCGUGCUGCAUUGGGGAUACUAAUUCACGUGGAGCUGUUGUGUAGGCAGUUGGAUAUUUGGGUCUGGAGAUUGCACAGGUAAAGGAUCAAGGCUGGAUAAAUGAGUCCAAGGGCCUCAGCUUAUAGAUUGUAAUUGAAAUCAUGGGACAGGGUACAAUCACUGAGGGAGAGACAAGAAAUAGAGAAGAGGUCCAAGUUCAGGGCCCAGGGGUGCCCCAACACUGCGAGUUCUGGGAGCGGUAGAGAAGGCAGCCAGGGAUUGCUGCAGUGUGUCCUUAAGAUAGAUCAGUGUGAAAUGAGCAGUUCUAUAAAUAGGAAUCCCUCAGAAAUCACAGAAAGCCAGCUAGCUGUAUAACAUGCCGGAGAAGUAAUAAUGAUUAAUAGGUACUUAAAACGGUGACGUUCUGCCACUGGAAUGCUGGAAAGCUGCCUGAAGAGGCUGUGCCUAAUUGUUGAAUAUGGUCCUUGAGGUUCUUACUUUUUCUUUAUAUUUGCUGUAAGGAUUAUUGGCUUUGUGAGCAAAGCUCUUUGACUUUUGUGGAUGGAAUAGAUGCCCUGUUAUUAAGAGGAAUUCUCUGAAAUGAAUGUCAGUUGCCUUUCUUUCCCUAAGCUUUGCUUUGAGUUCCAGCAAAGUUUAUUUUAAAAAUUCGUGCUCGGCAAUAGAAAGGAGAAAAGGCGUCGAAUGGCUCCUUGCUGUGGAAUCUCAGCGUUCUUUCAUGUCCGGUUUAUCAGUGGCGAGAAGGGGCAUCAUUUUGAGAUGCAAAGGACCACCAGGAUGCUGACGAGAAGACCCAAGUCUUCUGAUCUGCAGCACGCUUGUAGGAAACAGGGAGUGGAUUAGGUUCCUACUGCUCUCGUAACAAAUUAUCACACAUUUUGUGGCUUAAAACUUCACAAAUUUAUUGUCUUAAAGUCUGAAAUGGGUCUAUAACAGGGUGAAUAAUGGUCCCCAAAGAUAGCAGAUUCUGAUCCCUGGAAGUUGUAAAUUUUACCUUCUAUGAAAAAAGUGUGUUUGAACAGUGAUUAAGUUAAGGAUCUUGAGAUGGGGAGAUUACCCUGGUCUGCCCUAAAUGCAAUCAGAAAUAUCCUUUUAAGAGAGGGAGACCACACACAGGAGAGGAGAAGGCAGUGUGAUGACAGAGGCACAGAUGGCAGGGAGGUGGCCACCAGGAGCUGGGAGAGGCAAGGGAUGGAUUCCCCCCUAAAGCCUUUCUGGGGAGCCCAGCCCUGCUGACACCUCGAUUUUUGGCCCAGUGAAACUGAUUUUGGACUCCUGGCCCUCAAGAUUAUGAGAGAACAAAUUUCUGUUAUUUUAAGCCACUAAAUUUGUGGUAACUUGUUACAGUGGCAAUAGGAAACUAACACAGGUUCUCACUAGGCUGAAAUUGCUGUCAGGGGGCUGCAUUCCUUUCUGCAGUCUCUCUGGGAGACUCUGAUUCCUUGCCUUUUCUAGCUUCCUACAGGCCACCUACAUUCCUUGGCUCGUGGCCCCCUUCCAUCUUCAAAGCCAGCCUUGGCCAGGCAGGUUUUCUCAGGUCAUGUUGCUCUGGCACUGACUCAUCUGCCUCCCUCUUCCCCAUCUAGGGACCCUGGUGAUGACAUUGGCCCACCUGGGUCAUCCUGGCCAACCUUAAAAUCAGCUGAUUGGCUUCCUUCACUGCCCCCUGCCAUAUAAGGGAAUAUAGUUACAGGCCCUUGGAUGAGGCUGUGGACAGCUCUGGGGAGCCAAAAUAACUGACCACAGGGGGCAGUUAUUUAAGAAUUGUAUAAAAGGUGAAGAAGCUGACCUUUCUCUCUGGGAUAUCUAAACUCGUCCACCUGAGGCUUCCUUGGCCUGUUAGCUCUUCUUCCAACUAACUGAACCAACCAACUGUUCCCAUCUGAGCCUCCAGAUCAGGCUUUAUUUCUCAAAAUACAUGGCAAACUCCAUGAUGAUACUAAAAGUUUUAAGAAAAGAGAGUUGUUUACCGGAGAUACUGAAAAUUUGCUCCUUCAAGGCUCAGAAGCGAGUGUGAGAGCCUAGCAAUGAAUCACUGACCCCGGAAAGCCCCGCGUGACUGUGACUCUUGUGGUGUGGUGGUUGUUGAGAGCCGACACCAAGCUGAAAUGAUAUAUACUGCCUGCUGCUCUUGCCAUGUACUGUUGCCUGCCUGCCACCAAGUAGAUUUCGGGAGGUCGGUGCCUGUAGGCUUGGCAAAGCCACUUCCCACAGCCCAGUGAGGUUUUAAGGAGAGGGAUUGUUAGCUUUUACUCGACUGCAUUGUGGGUUCAUGUGUCAGAACUCAAUAAAGCUUCAUGAAUCUCAGCUGGACAGCGGCCCCUCCGUAUUAGAGGGUGAAAAGACCUUGUGUUCUCUUUCCAAAAGAUUUCACAUUUGUCACCCUGUCCUAAUCCAGUCAGCAUUUUGCAGUCAUCCUGGUAAGGCCUGGGGAAGUUGGGUGGAAGAUCCCAAGGUACACAGCAAACCAGAGUUGGAUUCUGACUCCUGGCUGAACUUAUUUUUUUUUCUCUCUGCAAAAGGGACCAGUGUUUUCCAGACUUCAGGUACAAUUUUUACAAUAUCCGUGUUACCAUCUGUACCUGCUACUUACCGUAUCGGUCCUCAAAUUUCUUCUACAGCAACUCAUUUGUUGUAAUUUGGUGUCAUCCUAAUUGACAACAUAUACACAAUUAUGGAUUUGGUGCUUAUGCAUGUUAAAAUAAAUACAUAACUAUUAGAAUAAGAAUCAUUUGUCCAUAUUUCACAUGUACCAUAGUGAUAAGGGUAGGUGCUCAGGGAAAAACUGUAUUAGAACAGCUGACUUCCCCAGGGACACAGUGCCCAAGGGAAAUGGAAUAUUUGAUAUUGAGGCAUGAGCCAGACUUCUGUUAGCUUUCAGAGCCAAGAGGGCAACUGGUUAGCUGUUUUGGAACAGUUCAAGUUUAAUACCUGAGAACCAGGAAGUAGACAUGCUUUUAUUCCCAGCAAGCAAAAAUGUGCACUUAUUUACUCUAGUAUUUGCAAUGUAAAUAAUAUAGGUAAGUAGAGACACCAAAAAACUUGGUCUUUAUCCCAUUUGGAGGUAAAAGCCACAGAAGAGCUUAUAUUACACCUAUAUGAAAUAAUUAAGGAAAGAAAAGAAACAUUAACAAAGAGAAUCAUUAAUGAAAAGCCCCAUUAUGGUGAGCAGUGUCAGUGUUUCCAAGUUUCCCGAGAGCAGGGUUGCCUGGCGUUCUCUGUCCCAUCUGUGUGUGGGAGGCCCUGCCCAUGGCGACAUUUAGUCCAAUGGAACAGAGGAAGGGACGUCGGCUGACGCAGGAGCCUGAGUGAGACCGUCCGGCCGGCAGACCCAGCCUGCGCCAUGAAUUCAUGUCCACCUUUUGUGCUGUAGGAGCCUGGGGCAGCUGAAGUUGCCGGAGAGCAAUGGGUCUCUUCACCCCGUGGAAGUUGUCCUCGCAGAAGCUGGGGUUUUUCCUGGUGACUUUUGGCUUCAUCUGGGGGAUGAUGCUCCUGCAUUUUACCAUCCAGCAGCGAACUCAGCCUGAGAGCAGCUCCAUGCUGAGGGAGCAGAUCCUGGACCUCAGCAAGAGGUACAUUAAGGCCCUGGCCGAAGAAAACAGGAACGUGGUGGACGGGCCCUACGCGGGUGUCAUGACGGCUUACGAUCUGAAGAAAACCCUUGCCGUGUUGUUGGAUAAUAUUUUGCAGCGCAUUGGCAAGUUAGAGUCGAAGGUGGACAAUCUCGUCAUCAAUGGCACGGGAGCAAACUCGACCAACUCCACCACGGCUGUUCCCAGCUUGGUGGCACUUGAGAAAAUUAAUGUGGCAGAUAUCAUUAAUGGCGCUCAAGAAAAAUGUGUAUUGCCUCCUAUGGAUGGCUACCCCCACUGCGAGGGGAAAAUCAAGUGGAUGAAAGAUAUGUGGCGUUCGGAUCCCUGCUACGCAGACUACGGGGUGGAUGGGUCCACGUGCUCUUUUUUUAUUUACCUCAGUGAGGUUGAAAAUUGGUGUCCUCAUUUACCUUGGAGAACAAAAAAUCGCUAUGAAGAAGCUGAUCAUAAUUCAUUGGCUGAAAUUCGUACAGAUUUUAACAUUCUCUACGAUAUGAUGAAAAAGCAUGAAGAGUUCCGCUGGAUGAGAUUACGGAUCCGGCGAAUGGCUGAGGCAUGGAUCCAAGCAAUCAAGUCACUCGCCGAAAAGCAGGAUCUUGAAAAGAGAAAGCGAAAGAAAGUCCUUGUUCAUCUGGGACUCCUGACCAAGGAAUCUGGAUUUAAGAUUGCAGAGACAGCUUUCAGUGGUGGCCCUCUUGGUGAAUUAGUUCAGUGGAGUGAUUUAAUUACAUCUCUGUACUUACUGGGCCAUGACAUUAGGAUUUCGGCUUCACUGGCUGAGCUCAAGGAAAUAAUGAAGAAGGUCGUAGGAAACCGAUCUGGCUGCCCAACUGUCGGGGACAGAAUCGUUGAACUCAUUUAUAUUGAUAUUGUGGGACUUGCUCAAUUCAAGAAAACUCUGGGACCAUCCUGGGUUCAUUACCAGUGCAUGCUACGAGUCCUAGACUCCUUUGGCACGGAACCAGAGUUUAAUCACGCUAAUUAUGCCCAGUCCAAAGGCCACAAGACUCCCUGGGGAAAAUGGAAUCUGAACCCUCAGCAGUUUUAUACCAUGUUCCCUCACACUCCAGACAACAGCUUCCUGGGUUUUGUGGUGGAGCAGCACCUGAACUCCAGCGACGUCCACCACAUUAACGAAAUCAAGAGGCAGAACCAGUCUCUCGUGUAUGGCAAGGUGGAUAGCUUCUGGAAGAAUAAGAAGAUCUAUCUGGACAUCAUUCACACCUACAUGGAAGUACAUGCAACUGUUUAUGGCUCUAGCACAAAAUAUAUUCCCAGUUACGUGAAAAAUCAUGGUAUUCUCAGCGGACGGGAUCUGCAAUUUCUUCUCCGAGAGACCAAGUUGUUUGUUGGACUUGGGUUCCCGUAUGAGGGCCCAGCUCCCCUGGAGGCCAUCGCAAAUGGAUGUGCUUUUCUGAAUCCCAAGUUCAACCCACCCAAAAGCAGCAAAAACACAGAUUUUUUCAUUGGCAAGCCAACUCUGAGAGAGCUGACAUCUCAGCAUCCUUAUGCAGAAGUUUUCAUCGGGCGGCCCCAUGUUUGGACUGUUGACCUCAACAAUCAGGAGGAAGUAGAGGAAGCAGUGAAGUCUAUUUUAAAUCAAAAGACUGAGCCGUACAUGCCAUAUGAAUUCACGUGUGAGGGGAUGCUGCAGAGAAUCAACGCUUUCAUAGAGAAACAGGACUUCUGCCACGGGCAGGUGAUGUGGCCACCCCUCAGUGCCCUGCAGGUGAAGCUUGCUGAGCCUGGGAAGAGCUGCAAGCAGGUGUGCCAGGAGAACCAGCUCAUCUGCGAGCCAUCUUUCUUCCAGCACCUCAAUAAGGACUCGGACCUGCAGAAGUACCAGGUGACCUGCCACACCUCAGAGCUGGCCAAGGACAUCCUGGUGCCCUCCUUUGACCCCAAGAGCAAGCACUGUGUGUUCCAGGGCGACCUCCUGCUCUUCAGCUGUGCCGGCGCCCACCCCCGACACCAGAGGAUCUGCCCCUGCCGGGACUUCACCAAGGGCCAGGCGGCUCUCUGCAAAGCCUGUCUAUAGCGGCCGCCCUGGCUGCCCCGGCCGAGCCUGCGGGGGAGACCGCGGCCUCAGGGCCGCUCAGAGACUCCCGCCCUUGCCUGAACUUUCUGGUCAGAAGGUUUCCAUUUGGGAUGGCUCCUCCUGCGGUCAGGACAUCCCAGCGGAGCUUCCACCACAACCAAAUGAGAGUGGAAGUCAGGCCGGGAGCCUGGCUUCUCCCUGAUCCCAACGUCGUUUUUAUUUUUCGAGGAGCAACUGUAGGGAGACUCUGUCCACACAGCUGCUCCGGAGUAAAAAGAAAGUCUCAAGACAUAUUUAAAAAAAAAAAAAAAAAAAAAAAAAACAGAAAUCAAGAGGAAGAAGUGAGCUGAUUGAAAAGAACUUUGUAGGGGAAAAUCCCUAAACCCAUUAACUUAUUUAUUUGGGAGGGAGUGAGCCGAGGGACUGAUCCCACGCCUUGUUUCUUCUUUCAUUUCCCACCGUUCAUCAUCUGCCUUCACUAUAAUAUUCUGUCCACGGUGGGCAGGGCGCAGAAGGAGGAGAGGGGGAGGGUGUGCUGGAGACCCCUUGGAGGUGGGCCGCUGAGAGAACCUCACUCCUCACAGUGAAAUCUUUUAAAACAAAGCCAAACACUCCAGGGUUGUGUUGGUGCAACUAGUCCUGUGUCUGUACUCGACAAAGGCGGCUCAGGAGCUGGCUCUUUGCUCAGUGUGGGGGUGGGGGGUGGGGGCAGGCUGUGUUUUCCAGAAGGCCCAGCCAGGGACAAACGCAGGGCAGCUUUGCUGCCCAGAGGGGCCCCUGUCCCCAGUGUGUCCCCCUUGGCCGUGAUUUCCGAUUCUUGAGAAUGGAAACGCAGCUCUAGGAAUUUGCAUUUGCUUGUUGCUUUGUGGUAAGCUUGUCUUCCCACCAGUGCUGUUGAAAGAAAGUGGACAUGUGAAACUAGAAGAGCUGCUCUUGGACUUGGAGGUCUUGCUUUUUAGCCUCUGAAGCGGAGAUUUGGACAGGCAUGGAGUCAGGCCCUGAGAACAGUUGGCUCCACCCCGGACGGGGACCCAGACAGCAGGUGGGCUUGUGCGAUGCUCCGUGUUACGUGAAGCACCAGGUUCCAUGGAGUGGGUCUGUCGGUGAGUGCAGUGUUCACUGGGGGAACAGGGCGGUUUCUGUAGCAGGUCAGUGUCCUGGAUGAUCACCUGGGUGUGUGGCUUGCAAGGGCUGGGGGUCUAACCCCUGCUUUUCCUUUAGGCACAGGUAUUCUGAGGGGAGGAGCCAGGGGCCGGUUGCUGGACCCUCCAAGCCCUGGAGCUCCUGUGCUCUGCCUCUGUGUGUUUCCCACCUCCCAGCCCCUAAAGUGUUGCUUGAGUUGACUCCUUGUGCACGUUGGUCAGUUUCCUGUGAAGCAUCUGACGUCUCCCUGUUGGUUAGAGUGCACCCUCUUCUCCCACUUGCUGAGUGUCCCCGUUAUGAACUGUCAGUGUGAUGACCCAGCCCUGGCUGGGAGUUCUGAGUUCUUGGCUGCUUGGGGCCAUGCUCCACUCUGGGGCUCCUUCAGCAGCCGCCAGCUUCCCAGCACCCUGCCUGGUGCCAGGGAUCAUGUGAUUUCUUUGGUGAUCAUGCUGAUGGGCCUUUGGGCAGUGGAGGGCAGGAGGAAUUUGCUUCGUGGGAACCAGAAGGCAUGUAAAGCCUUUGUGUCAGGGCAGUUGGAUUCUGCCUGCUAAUCAAGCGUAAGUUCUGCCUGGUGCGUACAUCAUACCAAAUGCACAGCCAGCCUUUCUCCCUUAUGCACUGUACUCCCUGGCCAGGGGGUCUGAAUUGCACCCCCAGUCCUGGAGAAUGGCGAGCUGGUGGGGAGUGGCAGCCAGGGUGUCCUCUGUUCUGAUCAUGGAGGCAGGGGCCCCUCAAGCACCGGCUGAGAAUAGCCUUUGUCUGGGCCCAGCAACGAGAAGGGCGGAAGUCUAAAGGAAACCUUGGUGGUGUUAGGAUAAGUGUGUGUGUGUGUAUGUGUGUGUGUGUGCCCGCCCGUGCACACGUAUUCCUUUAAGUUUCUUGCAGUAGGAGGAGACACAAUUGGCUUCCUUGCCCUUAGGAACAGCUUUUCUGCUGGAGUGGGCCUCUGGGCUGUGCCCUAGGUGGUGAGAACUUGCAACUUGACUUCCCAGGUCUGCAAUUUCUGAGCCAGUGCCUCCCUCUCGUGGGCUCUUUAUGGAAUUUCAAAAGCUCAGGAUGUCAGUGCAGGAUUUGACCAGCAGGGGAAGCCUGUGGGCCAAGCCCGAUUUCCCACGCUCGAGGAACCCAUGUCUUAGCCAAGAGCUGCUUAAAAAAGCACAGGAACUCAAAAAGAAAGGAAACUGGAAAGCAAAGUUCCAUGAAAAGAGGGUGUGCCCCUCUUGGGUUUCACAAACUGCAGGGACUGUGUUCUGGCCGCCCCUGAGCUCAGGGGCUGUCCCGUCCCGAUGGCCCCUCCCCUCUCACAUUCCUCUUCUCCAAGUCGGAUCCCCAAGGUCAGGUGGUGGUAAGCCAAGGUCCGGCCGAUGGGCUGCUCUUAUUGGGCCAGCAAGCCCACAGUCCAGCUGUCGAGGGCAUGGUCAGCUGAGCUGUGGCCUCUCGUGCAGUGACCUGUGGCGUGCGUGGGUGGAGCGCCAUCUCCCAUGUCUAGAAAAGAACAUGGGAACGGAAGGAGCCACUGAUGACGGGAGCUGGGAGCCUGUGGUGGUUUUACUGGUAACCAUCUCGGUAGAACCCUAAACCGACUUGUAAUUGAUGACAGUUCCUUGGGGAGAGAAAUCCUAAGUCAGGAUCAGUGUUUUCCUAUGCUAUUAAGUAUCUCUUUCCUGUCUCUGAAUUUUUUGUACAUUUUUUUUCUAAGUGAAAUCUGGAUUUUUCCCCCCGUCGUGAUCUGAAAUUCUUAGAAAAACUUAAGGAAAAACAUCUAUGUAAUUUAUUAAAAAGAGAGAAAGCUUUCCUUUGGAAGGUAAAGUGGAGAAACACACACUUCUUUUAAUGCCAGUCAACACCUCAUUUAUUCCAUGUAUGCAAAUUGAAUUGCACAUGUACAAAUGGAGAUGCUUGUUUCAUUUUUACUUAGGUUGGGGUUUUGUCACUGCUUAUUUUAACUUUUUUUUUGGGGGGGGGGUGUUACAUGUUUGGAAAUGUUAGAGUCUGUUUCUUUGGUGAUAUUUAUUGUUUCUCUGAUUUCUUUUCACUUUUCAUUGGGGUUGAUUUUGGAAUUUGGGUGCUAUCUUUUGAGGCGGGGCUCUGAAAAUGCCUUCCAAGCCCCGUUAGGCCACGAUGUGUAAGCCUGGGCCCAGACACCCCCAGAGGAGGAGGUGAAGCCAUGCAAACCUCUAGACCAGCCCAGGCCUUCUUGGACUGUUCGGCCAGAUCUUUGGCUUUGUCUUGGGACUGCUGGUUGCAAAUGUGCUGAGCGCUUGCCAAGGUGUGACCUGAACAAACACCCAACCAGAGGGCCACAGUGAAGGGGAGCAAGCUCCCGCUGAGCUCAGUAGAAGCUGUAGCCCAGAAACACUUCAGCUGAUUGGCAUCCUGAAUGGGAAAGAAUAUGCCCCCUUCUUUUGUUUCCUCAGAGAACGCUGGGUUUAAUGAAGUGUCAAAAUGCACAGGUAGUGAAGGCAUAACUGUCCCUGGUGACACUGAAACUGUAUUGUUUAUAAGUGGGUGGGGGCCUUUUAGAAACCAAGGCAGACCACCUACAUCUCCAAGGUGGUUUAGCUAGAUUGUGUAUAUAAUUGGGAGAUUGCUUCCUUCCCCCACUUUCACAAUUGCUUGAUUUAAAAAAAAAAAAAAAAAAGAGGAAGACUAUUUUGUUAACGACAGGCUCUGUUGUAUGUGUUACUAUCCCAAGCCUGGAUUGUUUUAUUUAUUUAAAAUAUUUUAAUUUCCAUCUUGGCUUCCUUCUAAUCCCAUCCAUCUGCGUGAGGCUGCAGAGCACCUUCAUCUGAAUAGAUGGAUCCACACUCAUUUAGGAAGGUGGGAAUUUCCUAAAGCUGAGGGUAAGUUUCAUUCUUGUUGGCUUCAACAAUUAAGAAAAGUGGAGAAUGAAGUCUUUAUAGCAAAGGGCCAAAUUAGCUGUAUAGUCAGAUGCAGGAAAAAAAAAAAAUUUCCCCUAGCUUUGUUAGCACUUCAGGUUUUUGUGAGGAUUCAGUGUAUAGCACAGUUCCUGGCACAUAGUAAGUCCUAGUGAAUGUUAAAUAUUGUUAUUACUAGCAUUUCAGAACACUUGAGAAAUAAAGACAUGAGCUCACUAUCUGUUGAUUCAAAAGUAAUACCUACCUGAAAAUAAUUGUUCCAAGUUGACUGAAUGUUUUAGGAUACCAGUUUAGUAUGUCCACAUUCCGUACCUACCUUGCUGGUUGGAGUUCUACUGUAUCCGUAAAUGCACUCUGUGAUUUGAAAGUACGCCAUACCUUAGCCCCAAAUGAAACAAGGCUGCGAGAACUUGUGAACUGGAGAUGAACAGGGGGAAAAGUGACUUUGGGCCUGGACCCCCCCCCCCCCAUCCCCUGAUAUUUUCUAGACAUUUGAGGAUUUUUGAUCUAGAAGUUAAAAUGGAUUCUCUGACAGACUGUACCCCUUAAACCAAAGUUAACGAUAUACCUCUGAAACGCACUGACAGAGGCUUUACUGUGUUUCUUAUUUAAGAAACACAUUUAAAGGAAUGACCAAUUGGACUUGCUCAUUUCCCAGGAGGUCCCUCAGUCCCCUACUGGCCAGGGCGGCCCCUCCCGUCUGCAGGAGUCGGGCUGCAGGCUGCGGAAAUCCAUGGGUUUCCAUCAAAGCAAAGGUUGAUUCUGUGCUCCUGGCCUGGAGAAGGCCCCUCUCCCCCAGCCCAGCCCUGCUAGAUGCCGGACUGGAGCUCCUGACCCCUUCAGAACAGCUCCCAAAGGGCUGCUCAUGGUUCAUUUUCCCAAAUCACCUAAUUAUCAGUUCACUCUUUGUUUUGUUUGCGGUUUCAGCCUUACUUUCUUGGAGGAUUUAACAUUUAAUCUCCUUUCCUAUCUUGGUAUGACUCUGGAUGAUGGUUUUAAUCGUGGAAUGGGGGGGCAUUUGUUGGAAGGCAGUGUCUUUUUGCAAUUCCUUUGGAUUCUCUGCAGCUCACUCAGCAGUCUGAUACUCCUCUGAAUGCCAGACAGAAAUUUACCUUCUUCAAAGCAUCACUCCCUCUAAUCCAGAACGUGCAGAGUCUUAAGAUUGCUCCCCUCCCUGUACCCCUCCCCCCCCCCACCACUCCAGUUGACGAGGUGCAGCCAACAGAAAUAGUUAGCUGUGUGCUUCUGUAGCCGGCAGUGCCAGGGUGUGGCGGAUGGGGCCAUGGAGGGAGGCUGGGAGCGUGUUUGCGGUGCUGGGGGUCUAGGGGCCUGGCUGGAUCAGCCUGCUGGGACCCUUAGCGCAAUCUGUCACCUCCAUGGAAGCUGGGAUGGAACAGACUUGGGAAGCAUUUUGCUCGCUGUCCUGCCCAAGUAUUCCUAGACAGUAGCAUAACACUUGAUGCCAAAGGAGAUGGUGCCAUCCGUUCUGCAGCAGCUGCUGUCACAACCCUGAUGUCUGUGAGCUGAUGGCAGUUUGCGUCUGUGUCUUCAAACAGCUCCCAGGUACAACCAUUUUCUACCAUUCACUUCUGGGGUUCAGUAGUGCAGGGUUCUGCAAAUAAGGUGUCGCUGUCCACAAGUACUGUAUUGGCCUAGAGAGCACUGCUUUGUUUCCCACUGUUGUAGAGAAAACUAGGGAGAACUUUAUUUUUCAAUAAACUCUUCUUGUGUGA